AAAUUUAGUGCGAUUUGCUUUUUUUUAAAUACUUUUCGAUAUAAAAGAAGUUACAAACAGAUAAAUCACGCAGAACGUCGCCAAUAUGAAAUUUAUAACCUUAAAAACACAGAACAAAUUAAUAUGCGUUCACUUUUUAUAUUUAAAAGUUAUACAAAUAACUGCUUAAAGCAAUAUCUUAAAUAAAAAUUAUUAAUACCUGUAUUUGUGUUCUAGGAAAACUUAAGUUUUUAAAACUGUAUCGGCCAAGAGUAAAGCCAGUCUUUUUACGCCUCAAUUAUUGUUAUUUCCAAUAAAAAAUAUAUACAUAUGUACAUAACUAUAUAAUUUUAUAAAAAUUGAAUUUAAAACUAAAAAGAAAAUAAUUUAAAAUUUUAUAAAAGUUUAUUAAAAUAAUUUGAAACUGUUAUUGAAAAUGAAAUUAAAUUAUGCGUUCAACGCUUCUUCUUACGUGAUUACACCGUGGGUAUAUUAUAAUUAUAAAAAAUAUUUAAUUCUUUUAUUAUAAAUGUGUUUUAUUUUUAACUAUUAUUUCAAUAACGGCUUAUAUAAUUCACUUUUUUAGCGAAAAUAAUUUCAAUAACUAAACAGCUAUGAUUUUAGCAGCAUAACAAAUCGUUGUGAUUUACUAUCAUAUCAAUAAACGUAAAUAAAAACUAAAAAGAAAAAAUACCUUGAAAUAAAAAAUAAAUAAAAUUCGCUUUAGCUAUGAUAAUUACAAAAAUAUAUAUAUAUAUACAUUACUUUCAUAAAAAAAUUACUUUCCUAAAAAAUCGGUGUUCAAUGCAUAUGUUGUUUAUAGUAUUAUGCUAUUUGCGCCUUUUUAAAAUUUUUUUAAAUGCGCAACAAAGGAUAUCUUGUAUACUGAAGGCUACCCAAUCUUUGCUAGCGAUCAAAUAACUACUUUUAAAAUGAAAUGAGGAUGAUGAGAAAAUGGACAUCAUGCGCAAAGCAUUCCAAAUGUUCGACACCCAAAAGACCGGUUUCAUUGAAACACUCCGCCUCAAGACCAUCCUGAAUAGUAUGGGUCAAAUGUUCGAUGAGAGCGAAUUGCAAGAUCUCGUCGAUGAGAAUGAUCCCGAAGAUACCGGCAAAGUAAAUUUCGAUGGUUUCUGUAAUAUCGCGGCACAUUUCCUCGAAGAGGAGGAUACCGAGGCUAUACAAAAAGAAUUGAAAGAAGCUUUCCGUUUGUACGAUCGUGAGGGUAACGGUUACAUUACCACAUCCACUUUGAAGGAAAUUCUCUCGGCUUUGGAUGAUAAACUCUCCUCAAGUGAUUUGGAUGGUAUUAUUGCGGAAAUCGAUACUGACGGUUCGGGAACUGUUGAUUUUGAUGAAUUCAUGGAGAUGAUGACUGGAGAUUAAUUCUGCUCAUGUACACCUACACGCGUACCUACCUAUAUACUUAUAUGUUGCAUACAUAUACACACACACACACACACACGCUUAGUGUUGCAACGAGGAUGAAGAUGAAGGAGCGGAAAACUGCAAUAAAUACCAACAAUAAAAACACACGAGCAAAUUGUUAUGGAUCGUUUUGUAUGUUCUACUUGUUGUUGUUGUUUUUGUUGUUAUAGUCAUUGAUUUAACAAAUGUGUGUAUUAAAAUGAAAUUAAUUAUAAA